AUUUAAUUGAUCGUGCCUCUCGGUAUAAAAGGCAGUGUUCAGGAGUCCCUCCCUCAUUCUUCUCUCCAAGAUGAGCUACGGUUCGGAUCAUUACCUCUCUUCCUCAUACCGGAAAAUUUUUGGAGACCCUCCCCGGGUGUCAUCUGCUCGCCUAGGGGGAAGCAGUUCCUCAUCCAGAACUACCUCUGGAGGGUACAGGUCUCACUCUCAGUCUAGAAGCAAUGUAUCAUCCGGAUCUUCUUACAGAAGGACCACCAGAGGACUUGGCUAUGCACCAGGAGAUCACUUAGACCUGACCCAAACCUCAGCACAGAACAACGAGUACAAGAUCAUUCGCAUAAAUGAAAAGGAGCAGCUUCAAGGGCUCAAUGACAGGUUUGCGAUGUUCAUUGAGAAAGUCCAUAAUCUGGAACAGCAGAACAAGGUGCUGGAGACAGAGUUGGCUGGUUUUAGGCAAAGGCAGUCUGAGCCCUCAAGGCUGGGAGAACUUUACCAAGAGGAGAUGAAGGAGCUUAGAGCUCAGCUGGAAGACCUGAAUGCUGAGAAGUCUCAGAUCAUCAUAGAGAGAGAUAAUCUAGAAGAUGAUCUGCAGAAACUCAAAGGCAAAUACGAAGAUGAAAUCAGAAUGAGAGAGGAAACCGAAUAUGCUCUAAAGGCGCACAAGAAAGAUGUGGAUGAUGCUACCCUGGCUCGCCUAGACCUGGAGAAAAAAGUAGAAUCUCUUCUAGAUGAGAUCUCUUUUCUGAGAAAAGUUCAUGAAGAAGAAGUGACCGAGCUCAUGGCCAUGAUCCAAGCUUCACAGGUCUCAGUGGAGAUGGAGGUGGCUAAACCUGACCUUACUUCAGCCUUGAAGGAAAUCAGAUCUCAAUAUGAAAGCCUGGCUGCCAAAAACCUCCAGUCUGCAGAUGAAUGGUACAAGUCAAAGUAUGCCAACCUGAGUGAGCAGGCAUCUCGCAGCAAUGAAGUGAUCAGAGCCAGCAGGGAGGAGAUCAAUGACUACAGGAGGCAGCUCCAGUCCAGAACCAUCGAGAUAGAAAGUCUCCGCAGUACCAACGAAUCUCUAGAAAGGCAGAUCCAAGAGAUGGAAGACAGACAUAUAGCAGAAACCUCUGGACUCCAGGAUACCAUCAGUCAGCUGGAGAAUGACUUGAGAAACACUAAGGGUGAAAUGGCUCGCCAUCUGCGUGAAUAUCAGGAUCUGCUAAACGUUAAAAUGGCGCUGGAUAUAGAGAUAGCUGCGUAUAGGAAACUACUGGAGGGUGAAGAGACCAGAUUUAGCACAACAGCCAUGAGCAUCACUCCUCCAAACCCAAAUCCAUUUCCCGGCUACUCUUAUCAACCUCGGUCUUACAGUUCAUCGUCCUCAUCUAAGGUGACACCGGCCGUCUCUUCCUCCAAGAAAGAAGAAACUGACGGCGUAUCCAGAGUGGUCUCCAAGACGUCGACCCAUACAGGGGAGACCUUUGAGGAAAUCAUUGAGGAAACAGUUGUAUCAACCAAAAAAAUAGAGAGGCCAGAUCAGGAUGAGGACAGCAACGGAAAACCUUAGGGGGAAAAAAAUAGAA